AUGGACCGGCACGAGUUAGAUAAGGGCUCAAAGACUCCAAGAGAUGGAAUAAACCAGCUAAUGUUGCUGCAGGUUGGAAGGCCUGUAAUCUAUGGCCUUGCAGCAAAAGGAGAACGCGGCGUGAGACAGGUUAUCGAAAUGCUGAAAGAUGAGUUUGAGCUCACUAUGGCCCUCUGUGGCUGCCCUGGUGUUAUGGAUAUUACCAGGAGCCAUAACAGUUCAAAUGGCAUCUGUCAGAAUCUUGCAAUACUCGUAGGUGGGUUUGAAACGAAAACUGGAGAGCAGUGGCUUGCUUUUCGUAAUCACGGGAAAUCUAGUGCCGCAGAUUAUGCUAAAGUUAUGAGUGAAAAAGUGUCAAGAAACCGUGCAGCGGGAGUUUGGAAUAAAUUUGAGCAAGAGGAAACAAUCAAACGCAGAAGAUAUUUUGUUACCAAGCUGCUUCAGGGCAUUAUGAGAGGUCUGGCUUACAUGCAUGAUCAUGACAGGUUGCACCAGAGUCUUGGACCAGCUUCUGUUAUUCUGAACACAAUUACAGAGAGAGAUGCUGCUUACUUGGUCCCACGACUUCGGGAUCUAGCCUUUUCUGUAGACAUUGGGUAUUCAAAUCUAGAAGGGGGUCCUGGAUUACUAUCGGAGGGACUUUGGAGAAGAGCAUCUACUGCCGGUGCCUUCACUCCUAUGGAAAAAAGAGCCUUUGGAAUAUCAGAUGACAUAUAUGAAGCAGGUCUUCUCUUGGCAUACUUAGCAUUUGUUCCAUUCUGUGAAGCAGGCAUAAUGGACGGACUUUCCUUGCAAGUGCUUAUUUUCUUCCCUUUGACCCCUUUUGGCAGGUACUGUUUAGCAGAUGACCGGCUAUUAGAUGCUGUGAAGUUCCUGGAUCUUGGAGAUGGUGCCGGUUGGGAGUUACUCCAGAGGAAAAAGAGGUUGAAUGGAAGUGAGAAUGAGAGUGGAGAUGAGAUCGAGAUAGAAGAUGAGAGGGGAGGAUGGUAG